CUAUCAAUCAUAAAUUUGGAUUUACACCCGACUCUAUAGGAGCUACUCAGUAUAGCUUAAAAUGGCAGAUUUUAAGCGGGAUUGACUAGACGGGGCUUGCAAAAUGACGUUGGAGCGGCCUAAACCCCCGCAACCAACCCCGAGCUCUUCCGGACCAUGCACAACUCAGUCAAAGCUGAAUGUUCCCAAGAAAGAUGAACCAAUGAAUAGCAGGAUGAGUCCAACCACGUUAAAUGUGAUGUGCUCGAGUGGGGAGCAUGAAGAGUUGUUUUCCAAUAGUAUGCUUUGUCUGGAGAAUGAUCUGGACAAGAUCAGUAUCACUGCCACCAAGUCCUCAAACUCCAUGCCAUCAACUGCCACCACCAGUGCCGCUACCCAAAAUUCACCAGCAACAAGUCCAGACAGCAAUGAUGACUCUUCUGUUGAUAUGGACGUAAGCUACAGGACUGGCCAGCAGACUGCAGGCUUUUUUGAAGGACUUCUGGGAUGUCUAAGACCAGUGUGGACCAUCAUUGGGAAGGCAGCUGCGGCAGAGCUAAAACACCAACAAGAUGACUGGGAGAUUCCGUUUGAGAACAUCACUGACCUGCAGUGGCUUGGGAGUGGGGCUCAGGGGGCUGUGUUCCUGGGCAAGUACCGUGGAGAAGAGGUGGCUGUCAAGAAAGUACGAGAUGUUAAGGAGACUGACAUCAAAGACCUAAGAAAACUGAACCAUCCAAACAUCAUCAACUUCAAAGGAGUAUGUACCCAGGCACCAUGCUACUGUAUUGUGAUGGAAUAUUGUCCCUAUGGCCAGCUAUAUGAGGUCCUGAGAGAUGGGAAGGAGAUACCUCCUGCACUGCUACUGGAUUGGGCAAAGCAGAUUGUCAGUGGAAUGAGUUACUUGCACACUCACAAGAUGGUGCACAGGGAUCUGAAAUCACCAAAUGUCCUAGUAGCCAAGAAUGAUAUUGUGAAGAUCUCAGACUUUGGUACUUGCCGUGAAUGGAGUGAGAAAAGCACAAAGAUGUCAUUCGCUGGAACUGUUGCAUGGAUGGCUCCUGAGGUCAUACGCAAUGAACCAUGCUCUGAGAAGGUUGAUAUUUGGUCAUUUGGUGUGGUGUUAUGGGAGCUCCUAUCCCAUGAAGUCCCUUAUAGAGAUGUUGAUUCAUCUGCUAUUAUAUGGGGGGUAGGAAGUAACAGCCUGCACCUCCCUGUGCCCUCUACCUGUCCUGAUGGCUUCAAACUACUUAUGAGGCAGUGCUGGAGCCCAAAGCCCCGUAAUCGCCCAUCAUUCCGGCAGAUACUAAUGCAUCUUGAGAUCGCACAGAGUGAGCUGCUAGCUCUGUCUAAUGACCAGUUCAAGGAGGAGCAGCAGAUCUGGAAGGAUGAGAUCCUGGAACAGCUAGAGGAGAUCAAGAGUCAGGGAUCUUGUAUGCCUCAACUGGAAGAGGAGCUGAUAGCACGCAGGAGGGAGGAACUCAGGCACGCCCAAGAUGUACGAGAGCACUAUGAGCGUAAAUUAGAGAGGGCCAACAACCUCUACAUGGAGCUAACAGCUUGUAUGUUACAACUGGAGAAGAGGGAACGUGAACUUAUGAAGAGGGAGCAGGCACUGAUAGCUAACAGUCGCAAGAGGAAGAGUAUUCUAAAGCCAGUGAUCAGAGCCCAGGAGAGAAUGGAGAAUGGCUUGGCCAAGAAGAGAGUUCACAAGACAACAUCUGACCCUGGCACUAGCCCUGAUGUCGCUCCUUAUGAAGGCUACAUAGGACUUGGACUGGAAUUUGAUAUCAAUGAAGAUGGUACACAACCAUCUCCUUCAAAGAUGCGCUCCCGCAAGUCACGACAUCGCCGUAGUAACAGUCGCAGCAACAAUAGCUUGGCAACUGCGAUCAAGAGCCCCACGAAGGAGGCACUUCACAAUGAACUAGAAACAAAAAAGAUUGAAUUACGCCAUGUGGACAUUUCACAAGUGAACGCCACAACGUUUAAAUACCUGGGCCCCUCAACUGCUAUACGUGAAAAGGACACUGAUAGUGAUAGCCCCAUAGGGCAGGUGAAACUCAGAGAGAGAAUAUGUGAAGAUAGGAACUUAAAUGACAUUUGUUUCGGCUGUGACGGUGGCUGCAGCGAUGCUACAUGUAGUAGUAAGCGGAGUUCACGACUUAGUGCUGAUGCCGAUGUAGAAAGUAACACAGCAAACACUCCAUGUUUGAGUCCCACCCAGGGGCUUGACCCCACCCGCACAGGCUCCACCCCCUGUUCUCCCUGUCGCAUGCAGGCAAACAUGCACGAGAAAGACAACAUACCUCUUAAUGACAUUACCAAUGAGGAAGACACAGAAAAUAUGAAUAUACAAAAUUUAGUUGAAAAACUCACUGAGACUUUAAAUAAUUCUGAUGUUAUAUCCCCAUAUAAUAGUGACAAGGAAUUGGUGAAUAGUAAAACCAAUAGUUUAAAUAGGCAGAUAAAGCGCAGCAUCAGUGUUAGUCCAGAAAGCCCAAAGAAGGUCAUGGCUGGCCAGUCACCAGCUAGGGCAACUAGGGGGCAGACUACCACUGAGGUGGGGAGAGGGAGGCAGUAUUCCUCAGGGGAGGAGGAGUACCCUGGUAGUGAUGAGGAUGAGAGGAAGAACAGGUGCCGCCAAUCAUACGGGUCAACAUUUAGCUCCGAAGUGGGCUUAUCAGAAGAGGAGAACACAAGUGAACACUCAACGCGGGAUACACCCGAUGGUCUCCUGAGUACGUACAGCACAGAGAAUCUGCACUUAGACCUCACUAGCAAUCUCUCUGAUGGCCUCUCUGAUAAGGAGAGUGUUAUGAAAAGGCGUAUGAGGAAUCACCUGUCUCAGUCUCCAGAGCAUAUAAGACAGAAUCAGCUAGCCAAUGAGAGCAGUUCAGACUCUGACGAUUGCUCUGAUAUCACUGUCUCGUCAGCCGUGCACAAGUCCCGAAGCUCUGAGCGGACAUUAGAAAAUGUUUGGUAAACAGACAGCCAAAGCAUACCAAGUAAUAUAAGAGUCUAUCAAAAUGAAGAUCGCCCUAGGCCCGGGACAGGCCCUUUCAGGAAAUUGAUAUGAUAAGGGCAUGUAAAGUUCAUCAAUUAUAUGUAGGAAUUUCUACAUGAAGGCUUAGGAUGGAAUCUGUCAAUGUUAGAUUUCAUUGGAAUGCAGACUAAUAGUAGUUGAUGACAGAUUCAGAACGAAUACAAUUUUUGUGAUGCAAUGAACAGUUAGGUAAAGCUGUCUCCUUAUAUGAUCUUCCAUAUUAAAUUUCGAUCCUUGUCAAUCGUUGAUCCAUAAUUGAUUUUGGAUCCAGUGUAUUGACCUGGAUACUUUGUUGGAGACGCUUGAUCUCCUGGUGCCUAUAAGACAACUUAUGUCAGUAUAGAGAGACUGAUAACAGUAUAGGGAGUGACAGUUAAAAGAUAGACCGGUGACAGUUAGAGGAGACAGUUUAGACUUAGAGACUGGUGACAGUAUAAUGAGACUGUUAACAACAGAGAAACUGGUGACAGUUAAGGGAGCAUUGAGACUGGCGACAGUUCAGACUUAGAGACUGGUGGCAGUAUAAUGAGAC